AUGGGAGGAACCAAAAAGGAUGAUAACAUCCGAGUGGCCAUUCGCAUGCGGCCCUUUAACGAGCGUGAGAAGGCUCUAGGGUCGACUCAGGCAGUAGUUGUCCAAGGGAACGCAUGUCAAGUCGUUGGGGAAGUUCCUAAGGAGAACAAUAAGGCGACGGGAAGGGCCCCUGCAGCUGGCAAGACCUUCUUCUACGAUUACGCUUAUGACAGCACUGACAACGCCUCCUCGAAACCAGCUUCCAACGCAUCGCUGUAUGAUGAUAUAGGGAAGGUCAUCCUCGACAACGCCAUGGACGGCUACAAUGGGUGUCUGUUCGCCUAUGGGCAAACAGGCAGUGGGAAGAGUUAUAGCAUGUUGGGCGGCUCGGGAGAUCCAGGGAUGAUACCAAGGCUGACCAAUGCUCUAUUUGCUAAAGUUAGCCAUGCCGAUCCUAAGUACCCGCAGACACACGUGUGGGUAUCCUAUUUGGAAAUCUACAACGAGAAGUUGAGGGACCUCCUGGCAGCUGGUGAUGAUGAUGGCAAUGAAGAGGGCCUGUCUGUGUACGACAAGGCGGGACAGGGCGUAAUAAUAUCGGGGGCAGUUGAGGCUGCUGUGGAGUCCUUGAAGGACGUUAAAGGCCUGUUGGACUUUGGUAACGCUCGGAGGGCUGUGGGAGCCACUAACAUGAAUGCGGUCUCUUCUCGCUCGCAUGCAGUGUUUACUCUAAGGGUUCAACGCGUGUGCUCUGAUGGCGGUGGCGACCUUCACUCCAGGAUCAACCUAGUGGACUUGGCUGGUAGUGAGAGGCAGGCUAAGACACAGUCAGAAGGCAGUCGACUUAAGGAGGGUAUUGCUAUCAACCAAUCCUUAUCAACACUAGCACAAGUGAUAGCCCGGCUGUCUGAAGGCAAGGGCAAGGGACAUGUACCCUUCCGUAACUCCAAGCUUACCUUCCUUUUGAGGGACUCCCUCUCGGGCAAUAGCAAGACCUUCAUGAUCGCGGCAAUCUCGCCAUCAACAUCGGAAAUCUUCGAGACAGUGUCAACUCUACGUUUCGCUACUUCUGUUAAGAAGGUCCAAACCUCAGCGGUGCAGAACCAGGCCGCGGCGGGUACUGUGGAUGCUAUGAAACAUGCUAUGGAGGCGCUGAAGAAACAGUUGGCUGCUAAGGGCGUUGAUGACCCCGACAGGAUAGCAAAGGAGAAGGAACAGAAUGAGGAAAUUAAGAAAUUGAAGGCUGAGCUGGAGGCUAACAAACAGGAGAUAUCGCUGAUGCAGACAGACUUCCAUGAACAGCUAAAGAAGAACAAACAGAUGGCUAAGGAGAGGGAGGCUUACCUCAAGCAAAAGGGAAUCAAACAUGGGGAUGUGGUGGAUAGGAAACACCCCUUCCUACUCAAUGUUUCCUCGGACCCUCUCCUCAGUGGGAGUCUGGCCUGGUCCCUUCAUGGUCAUCAUGAGUUCCUGGUCGGUAGUCAUAAGCAUAAAUGCGCAGUUGUGGUGAGAGGCCUGGGCAUUCCCAACGAUGAGCCCCUGUGCAAGUUCGUAUGUCCUGAGGAGGGUAAGGUAGGGAUACAGAUGCUGUCAGAGAAGGGCUCAGUACAGCUGAAUGGUCAUCGACUUAAGGCUGGGGAAAAGCAGAAGCUGCACCACAUGGACAACAUCCUUCUGGGCAAGGCCAUUAUGGUUCGACUGCACCUCCCUAACCAUAAGGAGGAUAAGGACCUCACAUUCGAGCAGGCAAUGGCUCAGGUUGAAGGACAGGUCCCGGCCGAACUUGAAUUCUACUUUGCUAAGGCCAAGGAAAGAUGGGGUAGUGCUAGCAAGCAAUACAAGGCUGUUGUUGAGUAUGCUCUGAAGGACCUGUGGCCGUUAGUCGACGAGGCCAAUGCGAUAUCCGAAGACCUCUUCCCUGUUAGACCAUACAAGUACACCAUUGAGAUAUUCGUUGACCAUGUGCAGGCUGAGGGCCAACAGUCUGAUUUCCAUCCAGCUGAUAUCGUCAAUGUUCGGAUGUCCAGGUUGGAGAAACCCGACACCAAGAACUACAAAUCUGUGUGCACAUGGUCUCUGGAGCAGCUGGAGGGGCGUGUCGAAGUGAUGAGGGAGAUAUUCCACAAGUUCAACGAGUUGCCUCCCGAGAAGAGGGCCAAGAAAUGUGGAAUAUCAGUACGUUACUCACCCCGACAUCAACGAUUAGCUUUCACUCUAUAG